GAAUUAGCGAGAAUAAAUGUUUGGAUACUGUGUGUAGUUUCAUUUGAGUAAUAGUGCCAAAAUAUACUUCUCCUGAAAAUUGAAGCUGGCGGUUGAGGUACCUCUUUAAUAUUUGAUGUAAACUGUUUUGUCCUAUUGACCUGACUAAGUAAUUACUGAUAAGAAGCAUUGUCAUUGACUAAGAUGGUUCUGAUUCUGUCCGUGGUUUUACUGGGCUAUUUGUCUGGUACUUGUGCCGGUCUUGAGGAUCUACAAACCGAAAAUGAGGACUUGUCAUUGCGAGAAUUAGUACUGGAACUGAAGAACACCAUAUCAUACCAGAAAAGGAGAAAUGAGGACAGAGCACGAGCAUUAGAAGACAUGAACGAAAAACAGUCAAAAGAUAUCGCAGUACUUACACAGAAGAUGAAGGAACAAGAGGAGGAGAAUUUAAACUUGAUUAAGAUGAAAGGCGUAUGUGAAGAAAACGCGAGGAAAUUCGAAAAUCUCCUCGGUUUCACUAAAACGUUGAUAGGAGGACAGCCAUCGGACCUGAAUACUUCUUCCAUCCACCCGACCGUGACUCACACACCAGAUUCCUCAUCACUGUUUCGAAAAGACAUACUGCUGGCACCACAGCGGUUAUCCUCACAGCCUUCGGAGAACGCGGUAGCUUUCUACGCUUAUCUAUCUCGUACAAUCCCUAGUCCAAGUAUACACUAUGUCUUGGUCUUUGACACUGUGAUUACCAAUGUUGGAAACGGUUACGAUCAUCAUUCCGGAGUUUUCCUCGCUCAUCGUACUGGAACUUAUGCAUUCACUUGGUCCUUUAGGAUUCAAAAUGAUGCGCAUAUAUCCACUGAACUAAUCAUCAACGAUUUAGCUGUAGGUGCCAUUUAUUUCGAUGCUGAAGGUGGUGUUGGUGGAAAUGAGGGCGGAACGGUGGUUGUCCAUGUUGACCAAAGUGAUGAUGUAUUUGUUCGAACGACCAAUGUCGACAAUCUUGGGGACAUUAUAAGUGAUCAUAUAGGUAGAUCUUAUUUUGCUGGUUGGAUGAUUGGUUAGAGGUCAUCUUGGAAUCCUGUACGCCCAAUGGGUUAGCCAUUGAAAAUCAGUAAAUUGCUUGUACCAAAA